GGCCAAUCUCUCCGCGGACCCACCUGUCAUCUUCGAGCCGCCUCGCGUCCUUCGUCCCCGUCCUCCCGGCACAACCAGGCCAGCACGCCAGCGUCACGAGAAGGCUAGGGUUCCGGCGAGGCGACGGCGAGCGCCAUGGCGGGGAUUCGGUGGCCGCCGGAGGACCCGGAGAUCUUCCCGUCCCGGAUGGUCGGCAGCGGCGUUUGGGUACCCGUCGCCCCCCCGGGCGAGAUGGCGUCGGACGACGACCGGUCGGUGGCCGCGGACUCGUGGUCGAUCAAGAGCGACUACGGCAGCACCCUCGACGACGAGCAGCGCUACGCCGACACCGCCGAAGUCCUCCUCGCCUCGUCCUCCGGCUCCGCCGCGGCCGCGCCGUCCGCGUCGGUCGCCGCCAACCCCUCCUCCGACUUCAGCUUCGACAAGGAUGUCCCUGACUCCAGCGACGUGGAGCCUCCGUUGCUGGUUAUGCAGAAUUUCCAGGAUGGUGCUUAUGCUGAGGAUCUUGCUAAUUUCCAUGAACGCAGCCACGCUGAUGACUGGUUUGGCACUGAGGUCAUGGAUAUCCGUGUAGGCUGGACCAAAAAUUUGUGCUCAAGCAAGGAUUUGCCCAGCUGCAGCGUACUUGACAUUGGGACCGGGAGUGGUAGGCUUUUGCAGCAGCUUGCAAAGCAAGGAUUUUCUGAUCUGACUGGGAUUGACUAUAGUGAAGGUGCCAUUGAGCUUGCACGAAAUCUUGCAAUCCGUGAUGGGUUUGAGCAGAUUAAUUUCUUGGUUGAUGAUGUAUUAGAGUCAAAGUUGGAGAGAAGAUUUGAACUUGUCAUGGAUGAAGGGACUCUUGAUGCAAUUGGGCUCCAUCCUGAUGGACCUGUGAAGAGAAUGAUGUAUUGGCAAUCAGUUGCUAGCUUGGUUUCCCCUGGUGGUAUAUUGGUCAUCACAUCGUGCAACAGAACCAAGGAUGAGUUGGUGCAGGAGGUGGAGAACUUCAACCAAAGAAAGCUUGGUGCUAUGGGCUCAGAAGGUUUGCCAGUCAUUGACGCUGCGUUGUUCAGCUACCUCGACCACGUUCAGAGUUACCCUAGUGUGGAUAGUUCUUGCAUCACGACCGUUGCUUUCCUGCAUAAGUGAAACAUACAUGUAUGCCUGGUUUAUUGCCCCCAGAAAGUUACCGUACCUGUUACUAUAUUAACUUUGUACCCAAAUCACUGAUGUAUCUGGAUGGUAUUUUAGUAUUUUACUGUUGGAUUGGUUCUUUGGAGUGCUGUUUUGGUA